AUGGCGUCUAUCGGCCCUCAUGGCGAGGAGGACGAUCCCCUGAACGACUUCAAGUACGAUGAUGACGCCGCCCCGUCGGAAGCGUCGCCAGAUCCUAAAUCGCUGCCCAUGCAGAAGAGGCGUCGAGUCGGCCGUGCAUGCGAUGAAUGUCGUCGAAAAAAGAUCAAGUGCGAUGGCAAACAGCCCUGCACCCAUUGCACAGUCUAUAGUUAUGAGUGUUCGUAUGACCAGCCCUCCAACCGCCGUCGCAAUCCUGCCCCGCAAUACGUCGAGGCUCUCGAAAAUCGUCUCUCCAAGGCCGAAGCCCUUCUCCGAACCGUUCUCCCUAAUGUCAAUCUCGACGACCCGCAACUAGAUGUGCAUGCCCCGGAACAGAUAUUAGCCGCACAAAAAGGACAAGAUGCGACCGAAGAUGUCAAACCGUCGGUUUCUAAGUCUCAGUCUCAGCCUCAGGCGCAGGCGGAUGCGCCAGAUGCAGGCGAUGAGGGAUUACUUGAAACGAUGGUCGAUAAUUCGGGAUGUUUAGAUCGGGAUGAUCAAGGCCAUUGGGAUUAUCAUGGACAUACGUCUGGGAUUAUCUUUGUUCGUCGUUUGCGCAAACAGUUGGGCGCUACCGAUAUCACUGGUCCGAUGUCACGAUCGCGGGCUUCGAUCACUUCACACAUGUGGGAUAGUCCAAAGUCGAUGUCUGAAUCGCCUCAGGAUACUUCGAUGCCUCCCACGCACGAUUUGCCCUCGCGCGCGGUUGCCCGCCGCUUGUGUCACAAUGCGAUCGACCACGCCUGUUCUCUCAUGAGAUUUGUGCAUGAGCCUUCGUUCUUCGCCAGCCUGGAGCGCAUCUACGAUACUCCUCCUGAACAAUUUAGUAAUGAUGAGAAUUCAUUCUUACCACUGCUAUAUAUUGUGAUCGCGGUUGGUUGUUUGUUUUCGGAUGACGGAGCUGGUACUCUGGAUUUGUCUGGAUACGAAGGCGCAAUCGGCCAAGGGUUCCAAUUCUUCAAGGCUGGCCGACAAUUAUUGGAGGUCACCGAUUGUCGCGAUUUGCCUUCUCUCCAGGCCAUCUGUUUCAUGGUACUCUUCCUGCAAUCUUCCGCCAAAUUGAGUACAUGUUAUUCAUAUGUGGGAAUUGCGCUGCGUUCGUCUUUACGGUUGGGUCUUCAUCGCACGGUUGCCACAGACUUCAACCCUAUCGAACGAGAACUACGAAAGCGAAUCUUCUGGGUUGUCCGCAAGAUGGAUGUCUACGUCAGCACCCUUCUUGGUCUGCCUCAGAUGCUGAGCGACGACGACAUCGACCAAGAGUAUCCCAUGGAGGUUGAUGGAGAUUUCAUCACCUCGCAAGGAAUUACCCAACAGCCAUCUAAUUAUACACCGUUGAUGGCCGGAUGCAACGCGCACACCCGCCUUUCCAACAUCAUCCUGAAGGUUGUGAAAUACAUCUACCCCGUCAAGAAUGCGCGAUAUCGCUCAAAGUCAAACCAGCGCUACAUGGUCAGCCAUUCUAAGAUCCGGGAAAUCGAGCGUGAUCUACAAAAUUGGAUGGAGGAAUUACCUCCUGCUCUACGACCAGGCACAGAAGUGUCCCCUCAGCUAGAACGUGUCCGACAAUUACUGCGUAUCAGCUACGCACACGUCCAGAUGGUCAUGUAUCGACCUUUCCUCCACUACGUCUCGGGUGGUUCCCAAGCGCGUGGUGUUGACAAGCGGUCGUAUGCUUGUGCAGCGGCAUGCGUCAGUGUGUCCAGAAACAUCGUUCACAUUACCACUGGAAUGCAAAAACGAGGUUUGCUCAAUGGGUCGUUCUGGUUUACCAUGUAUACGACCUAUUUUGCUAUUCUCUCUUUGCUCUUCUUCGUUAUUGAGAACCCUGAUUCACCAACCGCCAAGGACGGUGUGCUGAAGGAUGCCAUGGAAGGCAAGAAUACACUGGCCGGUCUAGCCAAGAAGAGUUUGGCUGCUGACCGGUGCUCUCAGAGCUUGAACUGCCUGUUCAAGACUUUGCCUGAAAUGCUCAAGAACCGUCAAAGCUCCAAGACUCCUGUUAACCUCAAGCGACCAGCGCCAUCCAACCAGCCGGCUGAGCCUGAGCCCGCUCCGUCUUCGUUUGAGAAACCACUGCCACACCGGUCAAGCACUUUCCCUAUGCAGAUGAUGCCUCAGACCUCCGCACCCGAGGUUCCGACCCGUCGCCAACAGAGCCUUGAUAACACGCAGAUGAUGAACAACAACCGCCCCAGUGAAAAUGGUAGCCAGUCGACAUGGAUUUCAACAACUCCUGAGCUGCUUACGGAAACCAUGUCUACCCCGGAACAGAUCUCUUCAGCUAGCUCCAUGAACGCUUCCAUGCCCAACCAAGAGCCGUCUAGUCUUGCCUGGGCCCAGCAAUUCACAAACCCGGCUAAUCUCCCCGAUCUGAUGCCGAUGAUGUUCCCCUCUGACGACCCAUUCGCCUAUCCCACACAACCCAUGUCCACCUUGGAAGACGACCACUUCCGCCACGACCGCGGAAUGCCCCCAACCCAAUAUUCCUUCGAUGCAGCCCCACAAACAACAGGCUUGGGAACAACAACACCAACCGAACAAACCAGUGGCGUCGGAAUCUCAAACUUUGACUUUACCAAUUUCCCCAUCGGCAAUGCCUCGGCGAUUAAGUCAUCAGUGCCAAGCCGCCUCCAACCCCAUUCCAGAAGCUCAUCACGUAACCUCUCCCCAAUCUCUCAAGGCCAAACCCCAAGCGAAGUCCUCAGCAGCCCAGACCUGGUCUCAAUCCCGAACCAGAACUUCGUCUGGCAGGGUUACAACUUCCAACCAAACGAUUCAAACCCGAACCCGAACCCCAAUAACCCAAACAUACAACCCGAAUCUGCAGCCCCACAGCAAGAAUACACCAGUCCCAAUGGUCUACCUGACGUCAGCAUGGGCAUGAUGAACGAAAACAUGGGUGUGAACAUGGAUCUGGGCAUCUCGUUCGACGACCUCUUCGGUAAUAACGCUACCUUCCGGCCUAACAACGGGGCAUCAAAUGAUGAUUGGACUCAGUGGAUGAAUACCAAUGUCUGA